AGAGAGUUCAUAGGCCUUCUAUUCAAUAUCUCCCCAAAUAUUUAUAAAUAAGCAUAUAUUUAUUUAUCAACACGUUUUAAUUUUCUGAUAAAAAUCUUCCCCAGAGAUUUUUUUAGACUUUGCUAUAGGACAGUUAAUCAUGUCUUCUCAGCAAUUAAAGUCAAUUCUUAUUUGAGUGUUUUCCCUAAUCAGGACUUGGUUCUAAGCCAUUAUGUGCAUUUACUUGUGGUUAUCUAUACAUUAUCACUUUAUAAAAGUUAAACUCAUUCUCAACAGAGCAUUAACUAUCAAUUCAUAUGAAGUAAGGUAUCCUGGAAAACCUCAGUGUUCUUUUGUUCCUCUAGUUUAUCGGCUAUAUAUUAAGCAAAUUAUGGUAGUUUUACAAUUGUUUAAUACAAGCAAGAAAGAUGGUCCAAAAUCAGGAUCUUGGGGAAGAUACAUGUGUUUGUUCAAGUGUUGAGGGUGCAAAAAUAAUUUUUACCAAUGAUUUUUCUCUUUUCAACAAAGGCUGCGUGAAGUCGAUGGCAGAUGCUAUGGUAAAGAAAUGUUUUUUAUGUGUUCCUCAAGAAAGUCACAAAAGAAUUAGGCAUCUCCUAUUUGAUCCUUUCUCUAUGAAUUCAUUGUCAAAGUUUGUCGAGAGAUUUGCUAACAUGCUAUGUGAAAGAUUGAAGAAAGUACAAAGGGAAGGGAAGAGCUUCACUAUGCUCGACUUCAAUAUGAAGAUAACAUUUGAUGCAAUGUGCGAUAUGCUAAUGAGCAUCAAAGAUGCACAUGGGAGGCUAAUGGAAACCUUUAAGGAAAUGAUAACAGCUCGGCGCAAUGGGAAGCGCUAUCAUGAAGACUUCCUGCAGUCCAGGGCAAACAACAACUGCAGCUGCAAUGAUAUGGGGUGUCAAGUUUUUGGAGAGUAUAGAGAAGCCCAAAAUAGGCUCAGAGAGGAGGAAGAGAAAGAAGAAGAAGAGCUAAGAUGAAAGAUAAGCAAAAGGAUGCAGCUUUGUAAGAGAUGAUUCUUGCAACAACUAAAGAAGCAGAAGAACUAAAGAAAACCAAAACUUUGGAUCAACAAGAGCAGAUUUGUGAACUUAGUCAUGCAAUUGAUGUUUUAUCAUUGGCUUUCAAAAGGAAAUCGAUGAUUAUGAUGCUAAGAUUGGUGAUCGUUGGAGGUUACUGGACAGGGAAGUUUUGGGGUUAGAGGAGUUCUGGCCAUUAACCACUGAUGGUUGUUCUGGUACACAAGCCUUUUUUUAAACUUCUAAAUAAUGUCCAUUUGAAGAGAAGACUUGGAGCAAUGGUCCAGUUUUCUCCGUGUGACCUUUAAGUCACAGGUUUGAGCUGGAAAACAGCCACUAAUGCAUACAUUUGGGUAGGUUAUCUACCCCAUACCUCUUGGAGUGCAGUCCUUCCCCAGACCCUGCUACAACAAGAUGUUUUGUGCGCCAGGAUGCCUUUUGAUUCCAAGUUACUGACUAUGAAUCUUCUGCAAAUUGAAAUAACGCUGCUGAAGCAAGAUACAUUGCAGCUGUUGGAAUUGCUAAAAAUGGAAUUGCAUCAGAUGUUCACGGAAGUUCCAAUAUGCACCAGCCAGAGGAUGACCUAGGUGUACAUCAUAGGAUAUUAUGAUCAAGUUUGUUUCAUGGACCCUGAGUGACACAACCUGUACUAUAGCUAUCUUUCAAAAAUAAAUUUAUUUUUGAAGAGAGGCAUAUGAUUGGAGAAAGAGCCAAAAAAUCUUCCAGCAUUUCAUAAUAGGCUCAUAGCCACCGGAUGAAGAUGUUUUGCCUUGGAUCCUUGCAGGGCAAAUCAACAGUAGGUACGGGAUUCUACGCUAAUCUUAGCAUAGUAUCUUUCUUACACCCAUUUAUCAGGAUUCCGGGGAAUGAGGUUAACUUUGGAGCUGAAGAGAUAAAUGACAUCUAUGGGAUCUUGAACGCAAACAUGGAUUAAUUUGAAGCAAAAAGGUAUGAAUUGGGGAGUUGGAUGGCAGAGAAAUUAUGUCCUAGCAAGAAGGUUCUUUGGGCGGUUACUAAGAGGGGCAUAUCGAUGAAUGAUUUAAUUUUGAGGCCCACAUUUAGUUGAACAUCAUUUGUAUUUAGGUUUCUCCAUGCACUCAUAUAACUGUAGUUCCAUAUUUCUGUGCCCGGAUGGUUGCUUGUAUACUAGACGAUAUUCCUUUAAAUGUUGGUCGGCUUGUGAUCUCUAAUAUAAAGUUUUUUAAGAACUAUAGUGG